CUUUAUACUACUCAGUACUCAUGUACAGUACAGAACAUAAGAUGGGAUAGCUCAAAUCAUAUACAGAGUUACACAACAUCAGAACCACCAUCAUCAGUUCAGCACUAUGUGCUUGAUAGCAACCUACCACUCCAUACAGCAAGGGUGAUGACCAACCAAAAUUUAUCAGAAGGAGCGCUCCCAAGGUCACGUGACUUUCAAAGUGGCAACAGCAGCAUCUCCUCACAACAUGCAAUGCUGCUCAACUUGUGGCAGUUUCAUAGCCAGGAUGCUUGCAAAGCCCAUCUCAGAGGUAUGAGGUACCUCCAUGCCAUGCAGAGCCAUCUAAAGAUCGCUUCCCCAGGCUCGGAUGAAGCAGCUAGCUCAACAACUCGGCCGACUUCGACAGCCUCCAGUAUUUCGGCAUUUUCCGACAUUUCGGCACCUGCCGAACCGGUCGCCGAAAAUGGUAAUCGUUCUGACCCCGUGCCGGUGCGAGCUGCCAGCGCAAGCAUUGCGCCUACGUUGGACAGUACCCAAGGCCCCACCAGCGACGAGGGGUCAUCUUCUGAAGAGGAAGAAGAUUCAGCUAGCGUCCGAGAGGCUCGCCGACUGGCAAAGGGGAAGUACCCCGCGAUCGGCACGCCACCGGGGUCACCGAUCCGCCGCUUUGGACCAAAUCCGGCCGCGACUCGCGCGACUCGCACCCAAAUCGGGAAAGCGGAUGCGCACAUACCCGUCAGACCGCUAACUAUCGUGCCCGAGGCCGCGGAAGUGCAGACGGUGCCAGGGCUAUCGGCGGUCAUCGACAAGGCGGCGAAAUUCCAGGACGAGGGCCUCAUUCCCGAUGUUGCUGUUGUUCCCGAAAGCGAGAGCGAGGACGAGAGCGAGGAUGAGCGCGACGAACUUCUCCCAACGGAUGACGACGACGCGGCUGUCAAUGACAACGUAUCGCAUGUGUCCGAUAGCGAGGACGAGCGCGCGGAGUUGCGUUGGGGCGUCAUACGACCGGGUACGGAGGACGCGCUCGCGACGCAGGGCGCAAUGGCGGUGGACACAGAGAACAAUGCGACGAAUUUACUAGCGCGCCUCGACGAUGCGCUGGCCUUGAACGGGCCGCCGGCUACCUCGCCAACCGAGAGCGAACUGUUCGGGGCCCCCGAGCAGCCACACACCCCGUCGUCUAGUCCCGGAAAGCCGCGCUAUAGCGAGGUCACUCUCCGCCGCUUGCAAGAAAGCGAGGCGCACCGCGAGGAGCUUCGCCGCCAGAAGUACGAGGCGGCGAAGGCGGAACGUACGCGCGUCGACGCCUUUCGACUCGACGCCCUCGCUGACAGCCUCACGAGCGCUUUCGGAGCGACAGGUAGCGCGAACAAUGGCGAGAUGCCGGUCGACGUCGCGGCACUUUUGACCCAGGCAAGCCCGCACCCGCCUUCGCGCGACGCCUCUCCCGCCGUGCCCUUCACGCGGUCGGGGGCGCCUUCUCCGGCGUCGUCGCAAUUCGUGGUCGAGCUCUCGCCACCGCGGGCUGUCGAUCCCGAUGUUUCCUCGGCUCGACCGUCGCCUGAAUCACUAUCGCCCAGUGGACGCAGCAAGGCCCCGCGCUGGCCGCUCCCGCAGCGAAAGCGUCCGCGCGAGGCGCAAGAGGGGCCGUCGGUACCUCCGGUGAUCGUGGCCGCAGAUGUGCAAAACGUCGCGCAUCGCCCACGCAUCCCGCUUCCCUCGCGUCGGCGGACCCAGGGCGCGCAGGAGCACGACGCGGCGGGUCGGGUGAGGCACGCAGGGAAUUCCCACGAGGCAACCUCGGCGGCAGCGCUUGUUAUCGAACAACGGCCGGAGGGUGAAGUAGGCUCCGCUACUGAGCCCUCCUCGAAGAGGGCAAAGGUCGAGAAGAUCAUCACGCAUCCGGCCGUCAAGGCAGAGGGCGUAAAGAAAGAGAAGGUCAAAGCGGAGAGAGUCAAGAAGGAGAAGUCCAAGACGAAGAAGGCCCGCAACGCACGAGUCGCUCGUGCGAGCAUCGCGCUGACCCGCGCAAGCUCGUCCCGCGUCCCACCCGCCUGCAAUACCCCUGCAGUGAGGAUCCAUCGCGGUCCCCUCCUGGCCUGGGUGAUCGACUGGGUCAACCAGCUCGAACGGAUGAUAUUCCUCCUCGAGUCAAAGAAGACGGCCAACGACCUCCCGAACGACCUGCUCCUCGUCCUCGCCACGAUCACCGCACAUGUGAAUCAUCCGGAUUUCACAGUCCACACGAAGGACGGCUUCAUGUUGGUGCAGUGCAAGAAACUCGUAGAGCUGCUGCAUAGGCUACGGGAGGAUGCCUUCUGGGAGGAGCACGUCCAACGCCCAGAGGCAUGGGGACCGCACCGACAGCAAAUAGCGGCGUUGUUGCAUCUUUUGCGUCGAACGUGGUUUCCCAGGAGUUCAAGAGUCGAGGAUACGUGAGACACGGCGACAUUUUUCUUGUUCGGCACACCGCCGCUGGGCGGUCGGCUGUCUCGCUCGUAUUUUCUUGAUAUCUUCGUUGUUGCGGUCGCAGCUGAACAGUCGCGAGUUUGUUAAUCUCCUGGACGUUUGUUCCCUUGCUUGUACUCGUACUCCUUGCCAUUAUUUCUUGAUAUUUACUGUGUUAAUUCCCUCGAAAGAAGAGACAGGGCGUCAGGAGAGACGAAGGACGUGUCCUGCGACUGCGUCCGUUCCGAGGUCA